GGAAAAAUAGAGUAUUGAAUCGAUAUUUGACAGUUGAUAUUUGAUGAAUUUAAAUGCCUCUCCCGUUGGUUACUUUUUGGAAUGCAAAAAAUCAAAAUAGGUGUAAUGCCAUUUGAUUCGUAGACCUCCAUUGGAGAUGACAAGCACGUGACUUUCAACUGCUAACUCUCGACCCCGCCAAAUAGGUUUUCAUAAUUUCAGUUUUCCUGACAAGGUUAUUUAUAUAUAAUCUACCGAAAAUGGAAGAGCAAAAUUGGAGACGGUGGUAAUCAAUCAAUUUGACUUUGAGAGAAAUGGAAAUUGAAGUGCGUAGCUUGACAGGUGAAUCAAUCCGAGUUUCAAUUGAACCAAACAACACAGUUCUAGACCUAAAGCUCAUCCUCAACCAAUGUUUCCCUCCGGCUUCUUCUUCACCUAAUUUCCACAUUUUCUUCAAGGGUGUGAAAUUGAAGUUGCAGAGCGAGAUUAGUAGGUAUUCGAUUGGGUUUGGGGAUUUUUUAGUUGUUGUCCCGUUUGUGAAAAAGGAUAGGCAUAGAGUUGAAACUCCCUCAGAAGAUCCUAACCCUAAUCAUAAAUUCGAGACUGAAUUAGCUGAGUCCGCAUGGUCUGACUUGAUGCAAGACCUCUCGUCUAUUCAAUAUACUUCCAACUGUGCAAAGUUACCCGAGGUUGAACCGAAGUCCACGAAUUCUGAAAAUGAGAAUGCCCGUGAUAGGGGGGGAAUCUCCACAAAGAAUGCAUUGGGUAAGGGUAAAGAGAAAGGACCUUCAUAUGAUGUUUUACUAAGCAUAUUACAGACUUGUGGCGGUAAUAUGUUUGAUGAACAGAGUAUAAAAACGUUUAUUGUGUUUAUGGAUUCUUUAUGUUGUUUAAGUAGUCCAGCUACAGGGUGUUGUGUUAUGAGAGAAGCUAAUGCUAAUGCUCUACCGGACGGUGAAUUAUGCGUCUGUCCUCUGUGGUUGAAGGACAUAAUAAGGGCAUUUUCUUUCCUAAACAUUUACUCAGCGUGCCUUCAGCUUUGGCAGAAAAAUAUUACAUUCAGUGCAUUCAAAGGACCGCUUGACCAACUCCAUUUAUUUGGCUUUAGGCCCGGGAUUGCUGACCUGGAGCUUCUCUCUCAAGUUUGUCCUCAGGUGAUACGUAUUGUUAGCAAUGAAGUAGAGGCAACAAAAGUAAACGGUGCCCUUGUUAUUACCAAGUACGGAGAAGAAACAAAUCACCAGCAUGAAGAUCAACGUAUCACAACUGCAAAACGGUUACCUAGGUCUAAGAUUAUAAAUGCAAUGAAGAAAAGAGAAACAUCCUUGAAAACUAUUCUUUCAGAGGCAGCAAAGUCAUUGAUGUUUAAGGAAGGAUCAAAGAUGGUCAAUUCUUUCUCAUUAGAAGAUCUUCUGGAUUUUGUAAAGAAAGCUGAAACUACAGCAGCCGAAACUAAAGUGAAACGAGAGAGGAGUAAAAACUCUCCUGCUUCAAGUUCUCAUUCUUAUGAAGCACCGUGUCAUGACACGAAAUCAUUGCUACCAGAGGAAAUGGUCGAGCAUCUACGAAGUGGUCUAGGAUCUCGGGGACAGGUGGUUCACAUUGAAGAGAUAAAUGCGAGGAAUGCUAAGUAUGUCGAGAUCCCUUCUCAUCUCUCUGAGAAUAUCAAGUCUGCACUCAACCGUGUGGGCGUUACUAGAUUGUAUAGCCACCAGGCGGAAUCAAUUAAAGCCUCCCUUGCUGGUAAACAUGUAGUUGUGGCAACCAUGACAUCUAGCGGGAAAUCCCUUUGUUACAAUAUUCCAGUUUUGGAAGUAUUAGCCCAAAAUCCAUUAGCAUGUGCUCUCUAUCUUUUCCCUACAAAGGCAUUAGCUCAAGAUCAGUUGAGAGCUUUGUUGGCUAUUACACACGGGCUUGAUGAUAGCAUAAAUAUUGGGGUAUAUGACGGGGACACUUCUCAGGAAGAUAGACUGUGGUUGCGAGAUAAUGCCCGACUGUUAAUAACGAACCCAGACAUGCUACACGUCUCAAUUUUACCAUUCCACGGACAUUUUAGACGAAUAUUGUCAAAUCUGAGAUUUAUCGUGAUUGAUGAAGCGCAUUCUUAUAAGGGGGCAUUCGGUUGUAAUUCUGCUCUAAUAUUUAGAAGGCUUCGUCGAAUCUGUUCUCAUUUGUACAGCAGUGACCCUUCUUUUGUAUUCAGCACUGCGACUUCUGCCAACCCCCAGGAGCAUGCUAUGGAGCUAGCAAAUCUACCAGCUGUCGAGUUAAUUGAUAAUGAUGGUAGCCCUUCCGGUUUGAAGCUUUUUAUGCUCUGGAAUCCUCCUUUAUGCCUGAAAACUGUUUGGAAGAGGAAAAAGACGGGCUUGGAGGCUAAACAAUAUGUUGAAAAAAAUGUCAUUGCUGGACGCUCAAGUCCUAUUUUAGAGGCCUCACACCUCUUUGCGGAAAUGGUUCAGCAUGGGUUACGUUGUAUUGCAUUUUGUAAAACACGCAAACUUUGUGAACUUGUUCUCUGCUACACGCAUGAAAUUCUUCAAGAAUCAGCUCCUCAUCUAGUAGAUAAAGUGCAUUCUUACCGCGGAGGCUAUAUUGCUGAGGAUAGGAGAAGAAUCGAGAGUGAUUUAUUCAAUGGUAAUAUAUGUGGUAUUGCUGCCACAAAUGCUCUCGAGUUGGGCAUUGAUGUAGGUCACAUUGAUGUCACACUCCAUCUUGGAUUUCCUGGUACCAUAGCAAGUCUGUGGCAACAAGCUGGAAGGGCAGGAAGACGAGAAAAGUCGUCACUUGCUAUAUACAUUGCAUUUGAAGGACCUUUAGAUCAGUACUUCAUGAAGUUUCCGCAUAAACUCUUCAGAGGUCCAAUCGAGUGUUGCCAUGUUGAUCCGAAUAAUGAUCAGGUGCUGCAGCAGCACUUGUCAUGUGCUGCUCUUGAACACCCAUUGAGUUUGGUUCACGACGAGAAGUACUUUGGUCCUGCCUUAGAGGGCUCCAUUACGAGACUUCAAAACAAAGGCUUCCUGACAACUGAUCCAUCUUGUGAUUGUGCUUCUAGGAUGUGGACCUACAUUGGUCAUGAGAAAUCUCCAUCAGGUGCUGUUCACAUUAGGGCCAUAGAAACUGUGCGAUAUAGUGUAGUUGACAAGAUAAAGAAUGAAGUCCUUGAAGAAAUCGAGGAAAGUAAAGCUUUCUUUCAGGUUUAUGAAGGUGCAGUGUAUAUGAAUCAAGGAAAAACUUAUCUUGUAAAUCAUUUGGAUUUAUCAAGUAAAACUGCUUGGUGCCAACUUGCUGAUGUAAACUACUACACAAAAACCCGUGAUUACACGGACAUCCAUGUGAUUGGGGGUGAUAUUGCCUAUCCAGCUAGGAUCACGGAUCACCAGUUUACAACAACUGCUCAAACAAAUACUUGCAAAGUAACCACUAGUUGGUUUGGUUUCCGCCGUAUAUGGAGAAAGAGCAACCAGGUUCUUGAUACUGUGGAACUCUCACUUCCUGACUACUCCUAUGAAUCGCAGGCUGUCUGGAUUAGAGUUCCACAGUCAGUAAAGAUAGCUGUUGAGGCUUUACAUUACUCAUUUCGCGGGGGCUUACAUGCUGCUGGGCACACCCUUCUUAAUGUAGUUCCUUUAUUUAUCAUAUGCAACCAAUCAGAUUUAGCUUCAGAGUGCGCAAAUCCUCACGAUAACCGCUAUGUUCCUGAAAGACUUCUGCUUUACGACCCUCAUCCCGGCGGUACAGGCAUUUCUGCCAAGGUUCAACCUAUUUUUAUGGAACUGUUAAGUGCUGCAUUAGAACUGCUUUGUUCAUGCCACUGCGCAGGAGAUGCUGGUUGCCCAAACUGUGUACAAAGCGUUGCUUGUCACGAGUAUAAUGAGGUUCUACACAAGGAUGCUGCAUUAAUGAUCAUUAAGGGUGUUAUAGAUGCUGAGCAAUCUAACUUAAACGAGAACGCCGAGUCACCCCCAACUUGAGUCCAGUUUUUCUCGGGUUUUUUUUACGGGCUAGGAAAUUUUUGGUUGUAAUUUAAUGCAAUUUUACUACUUGCUCAUGUAAAAGGAAAAGUUAGGAUAUAUAUAUAUAUAUAUAUAUAUAUAUAUAUAUAUAUAUAUAUAAAUACACAUACCUCUCAAAGUAUGACCCUUGUAACACUUUACCUCCUGAAGUAUGAUAUGUAACAUUUGCCUCCUUAUGUUCAUUUGUCAAA